CAAACCAUCACAUUCACCGGUAAGGUGGUUGAGACUUCCGCCUCCAUUCGAUACACUCGAGGUACCAUCAAACGACAACUGUUCCUUAAUAAAACGGUACCCCUCCAUUUCUUCUUCUUCCUUAGUUCAGUCUCUCCCUAUCUCCAUAGCUCUGAGAGACCAACAAAAUGUCUCAACUUCUCCACCUCGGCACCUCCUUCGUUCCCUCCUCCUCCACCGCCCUCCGCCGCAACCCUACGUCCUCUCCGGCGAUCCACAUUUCUGGCAACAAACGGACCACCAUUCAGGCUAAGAUCCGGGAGAUCUUCAUGCCGGCGCUCAGCUCCACCAUGACCGAAGGGAAGAUCGUGUCCUGGGUCAAGUCCGAAGGCGACAAGCUCUCCAAGGGCGAGAGCGUCGUCGUGGUUGAGUCUGACAAGGCCGACAUGGACGUCGAGACCUUCUACGACGGCUACUUGGCGGCAAUUAUGGUGGAGGAGGGUGGCGUCGCCGCCGUCGGCUCCGCCAUCGCUCUGCUCGCCGAGACCGAGGAUGAGAUCGCGGAAGCCAGGUCCAAGGCCAAUACUUCGCCGUCUUCGUCUUCUCCGUCGCCUGCGGCGGCGGCGGCUCCAGAGAAGGCCGUGGGGGCUCCGGAGAAGGCCGCUCCAGUGAAGGCUGCGGCGACGGUGACUGUGGCGAAGAUGGCGUCUUCGGCACAUCCUGCGUCAGAGGGAGGGAAGAGGAUUGUGGCGUCGCCGUAUGCGAAGAAGCUCGCGAAGGAGUUGAAUGUGGAUUUGGGGAAUGUGAUCGGGAGUGGUCCAAUGGGGAGAAUUGUGGCCAAGGAUGUCGAAGCUGCAGCUGCUGCUGGAGUGAGUGUUGCAGCGGAGGAUCCGAAGCCCAGCCCUAGCUCGGCUCCGGUUAAAGUCCCGGCGAGCACGGGGAUUGAGUUGGGGACGGUGGUGCCGUUUACCACAAUGCAAGGCGCAGUUAGUCGGAACAUGGUUGAUAGUCUUACUGUGCCAACUUUUAGAGUUGGGUACACCAUAAGUACUGAUGCUCUUGAUGCCCUCUACAAGAAGAUUAAGUCAAAGGGUGUGACGAUGACAGCAUUACUUGCAAAGGCAACAGCACUUGCUUUGGUUAAACAUCCUGUUGUAAACUCUAGUUGCAGAGAUGGUAAGAGCUUUACAUAUAACAGUAGUAUCAAUAUUGCGGUUGCAGUGGCCAUAGAUGGUGGGUUGAUUACACCAGUGCUUCAGGAUGCUGAUAAGGUGGACAUUUAUUCAUUGUCAAGAAAGUGGAAGGAGUUGGUUGACAAGGCCCGAGCAAAGCAGCUGCAACCUCAUGAAUACAAUACAGGUACUUUCACUCUUUCAAACCUUGGAAUGUUUGGUGUGGAUCGGUUUGAUGCAAUUCUGCCACCUGGAACUGGAGCAAUCAUGGCGGUUGGAGCAUCAGAACCAACCGUUGUUGCCACCAAGGAUGGUCGGAUUGGCAUGAAGAACCAGAUGCAGGUGAAUGUUACAGCAGAUCAUCGGGUAAUAUAUGGUGCUGAUCUGGCUUCUUUCUUGCAAACCUUGGCCAAGAUUAUAGAAGACCCCAAAGAUCUUACUUUCUAGUCUGAGAUUCCAUUACUGAACAAGGCUUUCUCGGGUUUCCUUAUAUCUGAUCCCUCCCCUUUCCCAAAGUAUGUUGCUGUGGAUCAAAUUUCUUUAUCAAUUCCUGAACUUGAUAGAGUAAAAUCAGUCAGAGAAAUUCAACAAAGAAUAGGAAGAAUUUUGAAGAUCAGCGUUUAUUUCGGUUCCAUUUUCUUCAUUUACUUGUGGGAACACUUUUAUUUAUGGGCAUAUUGUCUAGCUCUUGAUCACUGUGUCUUAUCUAUCAAAUUUUGGCCGUUCAUUGAUUUUUUACCAAUCAAGGUUGUGUUACACCCAUUUUGUCUUA